CUGCAAAGACGAUAUCUCUGUAAACCAAUGCAACCAAUUGGAAAAAUUCGGAGCUGCUUUUUUUGGUGCUAAUUGAAAAAAGCUUCACUGCGAAAUCCAUACCAUCUAGAAAAUGAGAAGGAAGACCAUAAAUUAUUAGGAGCGAUACCAAUUCCUCCUCGCUAUAAUCUAUAAUUUUUAAUCUCGUUUCCUCUUGCCAGUAAGGCUUAGAUAUCUGCGUAAGUUUAUGAACCACAGGUUUUCUCGCUGCUCCUCAUAUUCCUCUGCGAACGAAGGACUGUAGCAAGUCCAAGAUGACUGUAUUUUGCGUGUCCGACCGAGCAAAAUUUCCCUCUCUUCCAUGCUUUUAGACCCUUUGCUCAGCAAUUUACUUUUCUAACCCUUUAUUCACAGUUUCACUGCUUGUUAAUCUGUGAGUGGGUCACAUCACCAGGUGGCUCUAGGCACGAAGGGCUAUCAUCUAGGCCUAGGGUUGUAAGAGGUAGGUCCUAUCAAGGGGGUCAAGCGACUGCAGCCUCCUGGAUCCUGGCUCCAUCCAUAUGGACUGGGCAUCACACAACUCUUUCUUUUCUUCUUCAUGGAAUGGAAGUGACCGACCUACUUCACCUUCCUUAACCUACGGUAGGAGCAGGUUGUGGGCUUGUGGCCAGUUGUGGGUUCUGAACUGUGACGUUCUCCGUAUGUUAUUGUUUUCUUUUUUCUGUUCAAGAGAAUAGGGAUAGGAGCAUAGGAAGCUAACAAACGCACGGCUGGGUCGAUCUCUCAGAAUUCGAAGUUCGUCAAUUUGUUUCAUUUCGGUAUUUUCUGUACUUUUUCCACUGUGUUCUUUCAUCCAUCUGCUCUACUGUUACAGUCCAUAGGUCAGUCGGGUAUCUAUCUACCGUGUCGAUUUAGUCCGAGGCGUAGAGCAAGUCUUAAAAUAACAAAUGAAAGCUGGAGGAAGCAGCUUAAAUCUCAUCAUUUCGUGAAAGUAGGUCUGAUGAUCGACGAUUCUAUAUAUUCACUGCUACAAAGACGCUACAUUUGAGAACCAACUCAAAGAAAGAUCGUGUGGCUUGGAUUAAUGCUUUGGUCUCGACAAGGAACCUGUUUUCCAUGAAACCAUUGAAUGACAAGCUUUCCCACAUCUCAAAUGAUUUAUCUGUAUCCACUGAAAAGCUUAGGAAUCGGUUACUUGAAGAUGGAAUCAAUGAGGUACUUAUCCAGGACUGUGAGCAGAUCAUGCAGUUGGAGUUUUCAGAGUUACAAGGACAAUUUAGACUUCUUUGUGAAGAACGUUCCAACUUGCUUGACACCUUAAGGCAGUUAGAGGCGGCAAAUAUUGAAGUUGAACCCCCUGGGUUACAUGACAGCCAGUACCAGUUGACAAAGCAUGAAUAUCCAGGCCUUGGACAUGGAAAAUAUAGUGAGUGGAGUACAACUGAAUCGUCGGAUGAUAUUGAAAAGCAAGAGCUUGAGGAAGUGUCAGAUGAAGAUGAGCGUAUCUUCUUUGACACGAAAGAUUCUUUCAGCGUAUCUAGUCAACAUAUAUCAGGAGUGGUGGACCAUGUGGACAAGUGUCUAAAUCACUUAGAUGACGUGGAUAUGAUGCAUGCUGAAACAGAAUUUAGUAACUGCAGUUAUCCUCACAUUGAAAGGAGAAAGGAACUCCCUGAUCCUGUUGAGCAAGAGAAGGGCGUUAGCCUUUGGUCAAUGAUAAAAGACAAUGUUGGAAAGGACCUUACUCGAGUUUGUCUUCCUGUUUACUUCAAUGAACCGAUUUCAUCCUUACAGAAAUGCUGUGAGGACUUGGAGUAUUCUUACCUACUGGAUCAAGCAUAUGAAUGUGGAAAAAAGGGGGAUAGUCUACUCAGAAUUUUGAAUGUUGCUGCCUUUGCGGUCUCUGGAUAUGCUUCAUCUGAAGGUCGGCACUGUAAACCUUUCAAUCCUUUGUUGGGGGAAACUUAUGAAGCUCACUAUCCUGAUAAAGGAUUUCGCUUUUUUUCUGAGAAGGUUAGCCACCACCCCACACUCAUUGCCUGCCACUGUGAAGGUAGAGGAUGGAAAUUCUGGGGGGACAGCAAUUUGAGGACCAAAUUCUGGGGGCGUUCAAUCCAGCUUGAUCCUGUGGGGGUUCUGACUCUGGAGUUUGAUGAUGGUGAAGUCUUUCAGUGGAGCAAGGUCACAACAAAUAUUUACAAUCUUAUCCUUGGUAAAGUAUAUUGUGAUCAUCAUGGGACAAUGGAUAUACGGGGUAAUCAUCAAUAUUCUUGUAAGCUCAAGUUCAAGGAACAGUCCAUACUUGACCGUAAUCCUCACCAGGUGCAAGGGACAGUUGAAGAUGCGACGGGAAGAAAGGCUGCCUCUUUAUUUGGAAAAUGGGACGAGAGCAUGUACUAUGUCAAUGGAGAUUGCAAUUUCAAGGCAAAGGGUUGUAACCCACCACCAGAUGCCUCUCUGUUAUGGAGAAGCAACAAGCCCAUCCCCAAUCUCACUCGGUACAACUUAACAUCGUUUGCAAUUACACUAAAUGAGCUAACACCAGGGCUGAAGGAGAAGCUUCCACCCACGGAUUCAAGACUUAGACCAGACCAGAGGUGUCUAGAGAAUGGGGAAUACGAGAAAGCAAAUGCCGAGAAGCUGCGUUUAGAGACGAGGCAAAGGAUGUCAAGGACGUUACAAGAAAAUGGCUGGAAGCCCAGAUGGUUUCAGAAGGAUGGUGAGGAUGGACCUUUCCGCUACGUGGGUGGAUAUUGGGAAGCGAGGGAACAGAGAAAAUGGGAUGGAUGCCCACAAAUCUUUGGUGAAUUUACUGAAGCGAUUGCGGUUAAUGCACAAUAAAUAUCUGGAUAUGUGACACAGGUUUAUAUUCAUAACCAAGUCUGUGCAGAGUUUAGGAGGGGACCGAUCGAUGAUUGUAAGAGCGUCGUAGUAGAAGUGUGCAGGCUUACUGUUCCUACUUGAAUAAGUGUUCUUCAUAACAAUUAGGUCUGGCCUCAAAUUUCUGUGCUUUUAGCUUGUUCAUUAUUUAACUGUAGGGUUUAAGCUUUGUAUAAUCAGCUUUGACAUUCAUGGGCUAAACAUAUAUGGCAGAAUGUACCCUUUUAUAUUAUUAAUAAUAUUAUUAGUUUUUUGAAUAAA